AUGGAGUUGAUUAUGGUAAAGAAAAGUAGAACAUGGGUAAACCAUAUAGAUGCAGGUUUCACUAAGUUUCUAUUCUCCUUGUCUCUUGACAACAUUUUUAAUGAGGAUCUUUACACUGACCAGGUGGUGGAUAUACCAGCAUCAUUUGAAUCAGUAAAUCAAUACUAUGGCUCAUUUGUCCACCCUUUACAAGAGGAUAUCCGGGCAAAGCUAUGUUCAUGCCUAGAUGACAUCUCCAAGGCCCCAUUUGAGGAAGUCUCAUCUUGUAAUGUGUCCUCUAACCUAGGUAAGAACUUCAGACUCUCUGAAGAUGUCUUAAAUGAUGAGUCCCAGUCAGUUGAGGUCUUCAUACAUGAUAUAAAAGUUGGCGAGUGGAGUAAAAAUGACCAUGGGAAAGAGACUUACAAACCAAUGUCAGGUGAUCUGGUUUUGUUUUCCAAUUAUAAGCCUGAGUCUGUAUCAGACUUAAAUCGGAAAGGAAGAACAUGGAUUCUUGCGUUGGUGAGAUUUGUCUAUGAUGAUGAGGAAAAAAAUUCAUCAACUCAUUUCAAUGUUAUGGCAUCCAAAGAUAAGGAGAACAAUUCCUCAACACAUUUCAAUGUUAUGGCAUCCAAAGAGAUUGGUGUUGAAGAUCUGUACAUGGUAUUCUUGAUAAAUGUGUUGACUGAGAAAAGGGUUUGGCACUCACUUCAUAGUUGCAGCAAUGCUGAAAUCAUUAAGAAAGUUAUAGAAACUGAUGAUAGUGAGGCUUUGGAAGAUUGCAGAUAUUGUGACCCUAUGAAUAGCCUGCAGUUGUCUGCAAUGUGGAAUGAUAGUCUUUUAUCCCAGCUGAACAAAUCUCAAAGAGAUGCUGUUAUGUCAUCGCUUAUCCGAACCAACUGUUCCCAUAAACCUUCCAUAGAUCUUAUAUGGGGUCCUCCAGGGACUGGGAAGACUAAAACUAUUAGUUUGCUACUUUUUAAACUCUUGAGUAUGCAAUGCAGCACUCUUGUAUGCACCCCAACAAAUGUAGCCAUAAAAGAAAUUGCUUCUAGAACACUAAAGUUGGUGAAACAAGAUUCUUUUGAUGAUGCCUUUUUGCUACCUCUUGGAGAUUUGCUCCUGUUGGGGAAUAACAAUCGCCUAAAAGCCCGUGAUGAUCUUGAACUGAAAGAGAUCUAUCUUGACUUUCGUGUUGAGCAGCUUACUAUGUUGUUGUCUCCACUUAGUGGGUGGAGGCACUCUUUGAUCUCAAUGAGUGAUUUUUUCACAGAUUGUGUCUCUCAGUAUGAAAUUUACUUUGACAAUGAGUUGAUCAAAGAAAAGGCAAAAGAAAAAGAAAAAGAAAAUGAGAAUGGAAAGGAAAAAGGGAAGGAAAAAGAAAAGAAAAAGGCUAAAGAAAAGGCAAAAGAAAAAGAAGUAUCGGAAGAAAAUAUAUUAUCAUUCCUUGAGUUUUCCAGGAACAGAUUCAAUCUUGUUUCUUCCAGUUUGAGAAGUUGCAUACCUUUAUUGUUUGUUCAUCUACCACGGCAUUUUAUUAAUGAACCUAAGAAGCUCGAAAUGAUAAUACUUUUCGAUCUCCUUGAUCAAUUGGGAAAACAGUUGUUUAAUGAAAAUGUUUCAUCAGAAGAAUUGAAGAAAAUCUUCUUGCGGUCUGAUGAAAUAUGUCGGGACUCUGAUGAAGCAUUAUCAUCUCCUUUACAUACAGUGAGAAAGACUCUAUCUUCCCUAAAAGACCUUCAAGCUUUUCUUCAUAAUCUAAACCUUCCAAAUGUAAAGGUUAAGGAUUCAGUGAAGCAAUUCUGCAUUAAAUCGGCUUCCUUAGUUUUCUGUACGGCUUCAACCUCAUAUAAUUUGCGUUUUCCGCAUGUGAGAGAUUUCAAAGUGUUGGUUAUUGACGAGGCGUCACAACUGAAGGAAUGUGAGUCAACUAUACCACUUCAACUUCCUCAAGUCAUGCAUGCAAUACUUGUUGGUGAUGAGCGACAAUUACCAGCUAUGGUUACCAGCAAAGUUUCUGAAAGAGCUGGCUUUGGGAGAAGUUUGUUUGAACGACUUAGUUUGAUGGGACAUUCUAAGCACCUUCUCAAUAUGCAAUAUAGAAUGCAUCCAUCAAUAAGUUUGUUUCCAAACUCAAAGUUCUAUUCCAACAUGAUACUGGACGCAUCUAAUGUCGUCAAACAAGAUUAUGAGAGAAGGUAUCUUACUGCACCCAUGUUUGGGCCAUACUCUUUCAUCAAUAUUCGAAAUGGGUUAGAAGAAAGAGAAGAUGAUGGGAGAAGCUUAAGAAAUAUGGUUGAGGUGGCAGUUGUCAUUAAGAUAAUAAGGAAUCUUUAUAAAGCUUGGUGUGAUUCCAAAACGAGGCUUAGCAUUGGUAUUAUAUCGCCCUAUGCAGCUCAGGUUGCAGCGAUACGAGAUAAACUUCCAUCUGAUUAUAAGGACCUUGAUGGGUUCAAAGUUAAGGUCAUGUCUAUUGAUGGAUUUCAGGGUGGAGAAGAAGAUAUCAUAGUGAUAUCUACUGUUAGAUCUAAUGCCGGCGGAUAUGUUGGUUUUAUGUCGAGUCAUCAACGAAAUAAUGUUGCAUUAACAAGAGCUAGGCACUGCCUUUGGAUUCUGGGAAGUGAAAAAACCUUGGAAAACAGUGAGACAAUAUGGGCAUCCUUGGUCCGUGAUGCAAAGCAACGUCAAUGUUUCUUCAAUGCUGAUGAUCAAAAAGAUAUAGAGAAAACAAUACUUGACGUCAAGAAACAACUUGAUCAGUGGAAUGAUUUGCUCAAUGAUGAUAGCAUAUAUUUCAAGGAUGCACAAUGGAAGGUUCUUUUUAGCGAAAAUUUUAAAAAAUCACUUUUUAAGCUGAGUUCAACACGCAAAAAGAAGUCAGUAAUGACUCUCUUGCUUAGUCUUUCAAGUGGUUGGCGUCCCAAGAGUAAAAACGUGGACUUGGUUUGUCAAAAUUCAUCACAUAUCUUGAAGCAGUUCAGGGUUGAAGGGCUCUUUCUUGUUUGCAGCAUUGAUAUAAAGAAGGAAGAAAUGUAUAUUCAAGUUUUAAAAAUCUGGGAUGUGUUGCCUUGUGAUGAAGUCCCAAAAUUGGUGAAACGUCUUGAGGGGUUGUUUGCCAUGUAUACUGAUGAAUACAUCAGUCACUGCAAAGAAAAGUUUCUUCAAGGGUACGUGUUACUACAUUUUCAUUGUUUGGGAUGA